AUGAAUCAUAGCUAUUCGAAAAGGAUGAUGAUCGCCUUGGCGAUCACAUUUCUCAUGCUUCCCAUAGUCUUCGUCUCUUUACGCUUAUGGGCAAAAAGACUUUCGAAGCGCAUAGGGUGGGACGACUUCCUCACAGUCGGCGCGUUGCUAAUCUCCAUGACAUGUUGUACCCUUCAAAUACUCACGGCUCAGUAUGGCUACCUGGGCGCACACCAGCCUUUGGAUGCGAACGGACAACCGAUCAUGGAUGACCCUGGCCUAAUCUUCUUUGAAAGAACGAAAUUCGCACUGAACAUGAUUUCGAUCAUAGGUCUUGGCCUCACGAAGUGCUCAAUCCUGAUACUGUACAAGACAAUCUUCGACGUCCAGAAGUUUCGGACCGCUGUAUACAUUUUACUUGCAUUCGUGAUCGGCUGGACCACAAGCUUCGCAUUCUCUCAUCUAUUCACCUGCUACCCAAUCACGGUCUUCAUCGAACCUUACUAUGAAAAUAGCUGCGUGGAAACAGUUCCUAUGUUCUUAGCUCUGCUUUACACGGAUGUCAUUGCGGACGUUGCGAUUCUUAUUCUCCCGAUACCCAUAAUACUCAGCAUACGGAUGGAAACCAGGAAGAAGCUGGCAGUAAUUGGCAUGCUCACUCUUGGGGCAGCUGUAUGUGCGGUGAGCGUCACUCGAGUUAUUGCAACAUAUUCCAUCGCGAAAGAAUACAUCAAACAUCCCGACGACGUCGUUUACUAUACGGCACCCGUCUUCUUCUGGACCAACAUCGAGCUCUCGUUGGGCGUGGUUUGUGCUUGCCUUCCGACUUUGCGGCCCAUCUGGUUCUAUUUCUACCCUAGGAAACCGACAGAGACGAGCUCAGGCUACGCAUACGGAUAUGGCUCAGCGAGCCUCAACUACGGGUCAUCACAAGCCAAUGGGACACGGACCAGUAUCGCGAACAAGUUCCCACGAAAACCGUACAGAGAGAUCGACGAGAUCGAGCUGACGCGCCACGAGAGAUCACCUGGAACUCCACCAGAAGAAGCCUCGUCGACAAAUCAGGGCGGGAUUUUGAAGGCCGUCACGAUUCACCAGACGCUAGACUGA